AUGACCGCUUCACAGAAAAACAAUUACAAAAAACGGCAUCGCUUGCUCUUCGAAAAGUUCAGGGCUGACACGUCAACGUUGGACAAAGGAGACAUCGCGCUACCCGAAGCAGUGAAUUUGGAAGUAGAGCAGGCCAAAGCAGCACAGUCAGAGGGGACAAUUUCAGAGGGAGCAUUGCCAGAGGCCACACCAUCGGAGGCCGUACCGUUAGAGGCUGCAUCAUCAGAGGCAGCACGGGUGGAAGCAGAAAAAAUUAAGGCUUUGCAACAAAAGGUGAUGACCGAUAUGGAAGCUAAACGGGAAAGAAAGGCCAAAAUGAAGGAGGAAAAACGGCUGGCCGAUGCCAAAAAUGAGGCUCGAACGUCGCAGAAGAAAAAGGAUAUAGAAAGUGAACCCGAAGCCGAGGUUCUAACAGAAGGCUCAGCAGAUACGCCAGCAGCCAGUAAACCCAAGAAGAGCACGCUUAACUUGAAGUCCACUAGCAAUGUGAUGGCUCAAAUAUUGGAAACCAGCUCCAAGAAUGGCGUUGCACGUCCAAAUAAGCCAGAGAAGGAGGAGGGAGAGAAGGAGGAAGAGGAAGAGGAGGAAGUACUUGAUUUUCUUCAAAAAUACAUUACGUCUAAGGACCGCGGGCGUCUUUCCUCAAGGGACGAAAACUUGCGCUUAAAAGAGGUGCAUGUCCCCCUGCCUCCUGUCCCACGUGUCGCUUUUGGCCUCGACCGAGUGCUUUUCAAUCCCGGUGUCUACCAGCUACGUGACCCUCGGUCUCUUGUUUACAAUUUCGACCCCUACCUCGACCAGAUCAUGCCCGUAACGGAAUUUGACUUUAGUACGUUGAAGCCAUAUGUCACAUCCUCUCAAGAUGUGACGGCUUGCGAAAUGACCAAAAAGAAUGAGAAGAAAUACUACGGCUCCUCGUCGAGCAUGACUUCAGUUCUCGCUCAUUUCCAUUAUCUUCUGUCCGCGUGGCGGCCUGUCGACACUAGCAAAAUUACUCAGGGGUUCGAGGACCCUUUACGGACCUUCACUCGUCUCCUUCGAGCGCCGACUGCCAUGUUCCUUCGUUAUAAGGAGAAGGAGGAUAUUUACGCCAUUGAUGCUGACAAGGAAUACGAUUACGCUAAUAUUCUUAUGAACCUGGGCAAGUCCAUGGAGAAGCAACUCACUAUGCCAAAAGAACAAUUUGAGCGCUACCGCCGCAGUGACGCAAACAAGAUCACUGCCGAGGAAGAAGCAGCCACCCCAGAGUCAUACCACUACAGCACCGUUGGCAAAUUCCUCAUGCGAUCACAACUCGACGCUUACGAUCCCAGACUACCAGGUACUGGCAUGUUCGACUUGAAAACACGUGCAGUGGUUUCCAUCCGCAUGGAGGCCACCGAGCACGAGCGCGGAAUGGGCUACGAGAUCAGACGCCGGUAUGGCAAGUGGGAGUCCUACGAACGCGAAUACUUCGACAUGAUCCGCGCCGCCUUCCUCAAGUAUUCCCUGCAGGUCCGCGUUGGCCGCAUGGACGGCAUCUUUGUCGCGUAUCACAACAUCGAGCGCAUCUUCGGCUUCCAAUACAUUCCUCUCGACGAGAUGGAUCAGGCUUUGCACGGCACACCCAACACCGCACUUGGAGACAAAGAAUUCGAACUGAGUCUCGGUCUGUGGGAGAAGAUCCUCGACAAGGCAACACAGAAGUAUCCCAAGAAGUCUUUACGUUUCCACUUUGAGACCCGCGAGGACACCGUCCCGUACAUGUACAUUGUCGCGCAGCCUGUCACGGACGAAGAAAUUGAAGCCAUCCAGACGAAGAACAAAGCCCACAUCGAUGCCAUCCAGGACCGUCUUCUCAACCCAGAGCAAUUCAUCGACAGGAGUGCGGAGGCAGCAGUGGGGGAGCACGAGUCAGCCGAGGAGUCGGCCGACGAGCUAGAGGAGGAGUCAGAAGAGGAUCUUGACGAGGAAGACGAAAAUGAAGCUCUCUAUCCAGACGAGCCAACCGACUCCGAAUUCAAGAUCCUCUAUUCAAAGCACUCAACCGAAGCCGAGUUCCUCUAUGCAGAGGCUGGGUCAGCGGAGGCGGAGGCGGAAGCCGAAGCCGAACCCGUCCAUCUAAAGGAGGAUCCCUCCGCUGAAUCCCUGGCGGAUUCCCUCUUCCCCAAAGAAGAAGGCGAAGAGGCCUCUGAAGCCGAAAAGGCCGAGUACGACCCUUCCUUCGAACUCUCCCAGGCCCCGGAACCCCCGGUCGAGCCCACCAAGACUGUCCCCAAGCGCGAUCGCCCCAACUUCAACGACUACGACGAGAACGCGUUCGGGAUGGCACUCGUGGUGAAGAGCAAGGUGAACGAUGUUCCGGUGCAGCGGCCUACGUGGUUCACCGACGGCGACAGGUGGACUGUUGACUACGAGCUCAACGAGCUUACUGUGGAGGAGAGUAACCAGGUUCUGCGGGCGUGCAAGAAACGACGCAAUGUCGCGUUGAGAAAGAACGUGCAGGAUCAUGGACGGAGUUUCUUUACGACUUUGAAAAGGGUGACUGAUAGAGGACGGGCUUGGCGGAAGCGGAUGGAUGAGAAGGAUCGUGAGCGUGGGAUCCUUGUUUACAAGGAUUCUAGUGAGAUGUGA